AUGAUUGGCGCCUGUCCAUCAGAAAAGGAGUGGGUAAGUGAUGUAUUCGUCUUUGAUCCAGUUGAGGGUGAACUGGUAGAAGUAAUUCUAGGCAUCCAUUAUAUCCGAGUUGCAAGACAGGGGUUAGGGAAGCUUCUUUCUAGACUGACACCUAGCUCCAAGCUACCUCAUCCAAGCCCUCAGCCCAACGCCGCAGAAACACCAAAGACAAACGGGGUACAUGAAGUUCGUCAUGCAUUUGACAAUAUGACAACUGAGCCUAUAAGUGAACCUCACUCGAACGGAGCUAAUGAGAAGAGUAAGAAAGAGCUUCCUGAACUUGACAUCGCGGGCAAAGUCCGAGAUCUUAUAUGCACCCUCUCAGGCCUCGAGCCUGAUAUGAUCAAGCCUGAAGCGGAUCUCGCCAAUCUUGGAAUUGACUCUCUCAUGGGCAUGGAGCUGGCUCGUGAAAUCGAAAUCAUUCUUGUCGAGUACAUCAUAGCUGCUUUCGGCUUUCAAGUCCACCCAUCAGCGGCGGAUAGAGAGGCAGACAAUCACGAAAAACCUCAUGUCAAUAGGUUCACUCAUCCAAAGGCAAACGGGAAUAUGAACGGGGGAUCGACGAAAGUCAAUGGGACUCAUUCUCACGCAAACGACCCUUCUAUGCCAAACGAUAUGGUGGUUCCUACGAUAGCCAUCCUCGAUGCCUUUCGCGAAACAACACAAUUAACAGACCAAUUCAUCGAGCAAAAUAAUUUUGGAAACUACGUGCAGCAUACCCUGCCCAGAUUAACAAAAUUAUGCGUGAUUCAGAUCAUUGACGGCUUUGAGGAGUUAGGAUGCUCGUUGCGGGAUGCGCACCUUGGUCAGAUCUUGAAUCGUAUCAAAUACCUCCCUAAACAUGAGCAAUUUGUCACUUUCUUCUAUGGCGUUCUAGAGAAAGCAGGACCGGUGGAUUUGGAUGGGUCCAGAAUGACUCGAACAGCUACCGCAGUUCCAGCAGAAUCCGCGUACACUUUAUCACAGAAUCUCGCCCUUGAUUUCCCCGAACACACUUACGAUUCACAGUUGACAUACUUAACUGGCUCUAAGCUUGCUGACUAUCUGACUGGAAAGGCUGAUGGUCUCCAGUUAAUCUUUGCGUCCGCAGAGGGAAGAAACAUCGUUUCUGGGAUGUACGGCAAAUCUCCGAUCAAUAUGAUAGACUUGGUAUUUGGCCUUUUGGAAGGUUGGUGGCUCUUUGAUGACGGUAGACAACAUGCUCUUGUUCCGCCAUCAAUAUGGAAAACCAUUAUGCAAUCAGUCGGGUAUGGUUAUGUUGACUGGACCUAUAGCAAUCGGCCUGAGGCUGCAAUUCAGCGUAUUAUCAUUGCAUUGGCUUCUAGUAAAAGUAGAAAUAGAGUACAUCACCCCCAUCAACUUCUCCAAAGACAUUCAACUGACUUUACUGCUCGUCAAGCUAUAGUAGAUGAUUUUGUCAAGAAGUACUCAAGUGGAUUUGCCGCGCCAGUUGUCUCCAAGGCGUUGGAAGAAGGACUUGAAGGGCACGUCGACCAAUGUAUACUAGUGACUAGCGCAACGGGGAGCCUCGGUUCUCACUUGGUUGCAUACUUCACAAAGCUACCCAACGUCAAGCGUAUGAUCUGUGUCAAUCGAUACAGCCCCUCCUUGGAUUGUAGAAUUCGUCAGCGAAAGGCUCUCGAGUCAAAGGGGCUCUUCCUGAACUCAGUAGAGCUCGCCAAAAUUCACGUGCUCGAGACUGAUACAGUAAAACCUAUGAUGGGUUUAUCAAAUCUAGAGUAUACCAAGCUCAUAAAUUCAGUGACACACAUUAUCCAUAAUGCAUGGCCCAUGAGCAUCACACGGUCAAUUCAUACGUUCGAGCAGCAAUUCAAGGCUAUGCGGAAUCUCAUUGAGUUAGCCCGUCAGAUAUCCUGUCGCUACCACCACUUCCAUCGAAACGGGCCCAGGGUUGGAUUCCAAUUCAUUUCUUCUAUUGCGACCGUUGGUUGCUAUCCCCUCUUUAGCGGAAAGGCGCGUGUUCCAGAAGACAGAAUGUUGGUGGAUUCAGUCAUGCCAACUGGCUACGGGGAGGCCAAACUAAUCUGGGAGACAAUGCUGGACGAGACAUUACACAAGUACCCUCAACAUUUCCGUCCAAUGAUUGUACGAAUUGGACAAAUCGCUGGCUCCGAGGGCAGUGGAUACUGGAAUCCAGUUGAGCAUCUCGCAUUCUUGAUCAAGUCAUCACAGACGCUCAAUAUUCUUCCAGACUUGGAAGGUGACUUAUCUUGGUGCCCUGUCAACGUCGUGGCUGCUACACUUGGAGAGUUGCUGUUAGACGAACAAACGUGGUACCCGGUCUACCACAUUGAAAAUCCCGUCCGACAGCCCCGGCGCAAAAUGAUCCAUAUGCUUGCAGAUGAUUUCCACAUUCCAAACACCGGCAUCAUUCCGUUUAAAGAGUGGUUGGAACGGGUACGCCGCUCGCCGAGCUCUCCUGAUGACAACCCGGCAAGCAACUUGGCCGGUUUCUUGGAUAUGUACUUUGUACGCAUGUCGUGCGGUGGGUUGAUUUUAGACACUGCGAGGAGUCGAGAGAAUUCGUGGACGUUGAGAGACACGGGGCCCGUGAGUAGAAGCUUGGUCAUGAAGUUUAUUCAAGUCUGGAAGGAAAGGGGAUUUCUUAAGCAGUCAGUAGCUAGUUGA